AACCACCACCUCCUCUCCACCAUUAGCGACCGCUCAGAUCAAGCGGAGGAGGGAGAGGAGAGGAGAGGAGAGGCAAAAAUGGCGAAGCUGCAGGAGACGUACGCGUGCUCGCCGGCGACGGAGCGCGGCCGCGGGAUCCUCCUCGGGGGGGACCCCAAGACGGAGGCGAUCGCCUACUGCACGGGCCGCAGCGUCGUCAUCCGCCGCCUCGACGCGCCGCUCGACGCCUGGGCCUACCCGGACCACGCCUACCCGACCACCGUCGCGCGGUUCUCCCCCAACGGCGAGUGGGUCGCCUCCGCCGACGCCUCCGGGUGCGUCCGCGUCUGGGGCCGCUACGGCGACCGCGCCCUCAAGGCCGAGUUCCGCCCCCUCUCCGGCCGCGUCGACGAUCUCCGCUGGUCCCCCGAUGGCCUCCGCAUCGUCGUCUCCGGGGAUGGCAAGGGGAAGUCCUUCGUCCGCGCGUUUGUGUGGGACUCUGGCAGCACCGUUGGUGAAUUUGAUGGGCACUCAAAAAGAGUUUUGAGCUGUGACUUUAAGCCAACACGACCGUUCCGCAUUGUGACAUGUGGUGAAGAUUUUCUAGCAAACUACUAUGAAGGACCACCAUUCAAAUUCAAGCAUUCCAUAAGGGAUCACUCAAACUUUGUGAACUGUAUCCGGUAUGCUCCUGAUGGGAGUAAGUUUAUCAGUGUGAGUUCAGAUAAGAAGGGUUUGAUAUAUGAUGGCAAAACUGGAGAAAAGAUUGGAGAGUUGUCCAGCGAAGGCAGCCACACAGGGAGUAUAUAUGCUGUUAGCUGGAGUCCGGACAGCAAACAAGUUCUAACAGUUUCUGCCGAUAAAACUGCCAAAGUAUGGGACAUACUAGAGGAUGCUAGUGGGAAAUUGAACAGAACUUUGGCUUGUCAUGGUACAGGCGGUGUAGAUGACAUGCUUGUUGGUUGCCUCUGGCUGAAUGAUUAUCUUGUGACAGUCUCUCUUGGUGGGACAUUUAAUGUAUUCUCUGCAAGUAAUCCAGACAAAGAGCCAGUAACCUUUGCAGGACAUUUGAAGACUGUUAGUUCCUUGGCCUUUUGUCCACAAAGUAACCCCAAAACUAUACUGUCCACAAGUUACGAUGGUGUCAUCAUGAGAUGGAUACAGGGUGUUGGAUAUGGUGGCAGGUUGGUGCGAAAGAACAACACCCAGAUUAAAUGCUUUGCUGCAGCAGAAGAGGAGCUGGUCACCUCUGGAUAUGAUAACAAGGUUUUCAGAAUUCCUCUAAAUGGAGAUCAGUGUGGAGAUGCGGAAUCAAUGGAUGUAGGAGGUCAGCCAAAUGCUUUAAACCUUGCUAUUCAAAAACCUGAAUUUGUACUGGUCACAACAGAUUCUGGGAUAGUGUUGCUGGAUAAGUCAAAGGUCAUUUCUACAACCAAAGUUAAUUAUACUGUCACUUCAUCUGCUGUUUCUCCUGACGGCACUGAAGCCAUUGUUGGUGCACAAGAUGGGAAACUGCGUGUCUAUUCCAUCAGUGGGGAUACACUUACAGAAGAAGCAAUGAUUGAGAAGCACCGGGGUGCUAUUACUUGCAUACAUUACUCGCCAGAUGUUUCCAUGUUUGCUUCUGCUGAUGCCAACAGGGAAGCUGUUGUGUGGGAUCGGUCAACUAGAGAGGUCAAGCUGAAGAACAUGCUGUUCCACUCAGCUCGGAUAAACUGCCUGGCUUGGUCUCCCGACAAUCGCCUGGUCGCCACAGGGUCAUUGGACACAUGUGCAAUUGUAUAUGAAAUAGACAAGCCGGCAUCUAGCCGCAUCACCAUAAAAGGAGCUCAUCUUGGUGGAGUUCAUGGUUUAACCUUUGUCGAUAAUGAUAGUCUGGUGACUGCUGGGGAGGAUGCAUGCAUCCGAGUUUGGAAGCUGGUGCCACAAUAGAUGCUCUCCCUGAUGUUGCCUGUGGGUCAUGUCUUCGUCAUUGAUUGAAAUAAAACAGUGUUUGCACUUAUCCCUUAGGGUGCUGCGCUUGUUUUUCUAUGUUGCCAGUUGGCCUGAGCUGCAUUUUCUUUUUGUUGAAUUUCUGGAAGAACUUUGUUAUUUCAUCCCUGCAUCUGAUUUUGCUAGGAACUUGAGUAUACAGGGAUGCUGUCUUUUUCCCUUGCUCCGCUUGUAACCUGCAUGGCUGUAUCUGUUUGUAAUUUUGACCGGUCAGCAGCAUAAUGCUUUCUUCUACUGCCUGUUACAUGUAA